AUAAAAAUAAUCUUGCAGUUUCACAGACGACCUCACUGGAAGCCUUGUUGGAAGUAAGAAGACUCUCACUCAGCUGAUCUACACGACUUCACCAGGUUGGAGAAAUGGCCUCGGAUACCAUGGUAACUGCAGCUCUCGGUCGACCUUUCACCCUGGGGAUGCUCUAUGAUGCUCGGAAAGACCAACUGGUUCCAGGUUUCUCAUUGUGGAAUGAGAAAACUGUAGAAGAGAACACAGUUGAAAGGUCUCAGCACAGCAGUGUGUUUAACAUUUCUGCAUCUGACAACACUGACUCCAAGUCCACUCUGCUGGAUGUUGACGCUUCUCUGAAGGCCAGCUUCCUGAGUGGACUGAUUGAAGUUGGAGGAUCUGCCAAGUAUCUGAAUGACCAGAAGAAAUCCCACAAUCAGAGCAGAGUGACCUGUCAGUACAAAGCUACCACCAACUUCAAGCAGCUGUCAAUGAUCGACCUCGAUACCAAGCAACCCCAACAAUUAGACAUGAUUCACAAGGGCUUUGCAACACAUGUAGUCACAGGCAUCCUUUAUGGGGCCAAUGCUUUCUUUGUGUUUGACAGUCAGAAGCUAGACACCAGCAGCGUUCAGGACAUCAAUGGCAGCAUGGAAGCUGUGAUAAAGAAGAUCCCUUCAUUCAGUAUUAGUGGGAAGGUUGACAUCAAGCUGACUGAUGAAGAAAAAGCCCUGACUCAGAAAUUCUCCUGCAAAUUCCACGGAGACUUCCUUCUGGAAAGCAACCCUGCCUCAUUUGAAGAUGCAGUGAAGACCUACGCACAACUUCCGCAGCUAAUUGGAAAAAAUGGAGAGAAUGGUGUUCCUCUGAAGGUCUGGCUGAUGCCGCUGACAUAUUUAUACUCUGAAGCUGCUGAGCUGACAAGGGAGAUCAGCAUUGAAUUAGUGAGCAUGGUGCAUGAUACUCUUGAAGAUAUAAGGCACCUAGAAAUAAGAUGCAGCGAUUCUCUGGACGAGGUCAAGAAUUUUCCUCCGAUUCAAGAACAGCUGAGCACUUUCCAAAAGUUAUGUGCUUAUUAUGCAAUCACCCUCAAGCAGGCCCUGGCAAAGAAUCUUCCCUCCACCCGUGAAGGGAAAGAAGAAGAGAACUCAACAAGAGAUCUCUUCAUUGCCAAGGACGAGUCACCAUUCAGCCAUGAGAAACUGAGCAGGUGGCUGGAUCACAAAGAGCGAGAAAUCAACGUCAUCAGAUCCUGUGUUGCUAUCAUGGAGGGAGCAAAGAUUGUCCUGAGUCAGUCAGAGCUGGACAGAGAGGUUCUUGAUCCAGGUAGAAACGAGGUUCUGUGCUUUGUCUUCACCUCCCUGAAGAAUACUGACCCCUUCCUGGAUGAGAUGGCCCACUACUUGGACCCAAGCAAAAAUGCAGACACAACAACUGAAGACCAGUGGUACUACUCAACUGAAGUUGUCACCAAGAUGAGAAAGAAAGCCAGAUUUAUCCAAGAGUUUAUCAAAACACAGCAUCAGUAUCAUUGCUUCAUAGCAGCCAUUGCAAAUGAGGCAUACACAGGAGCAACCAUCAACUAUUACAUUGACAGCGAGUUGGUAAAUCCCAAUGUACAGGUCAAAAACAAUCUGAUGCUGACAUCAUCACAGACAGAAUAGAUUUCAUGCACUGUGCGUCGUUUAAUAAAGCAAAGAAUAAAGUCACUUUUUGAGUUGUAGAGAUGUUCACAGAUUCAAUAAAUCAUCAGAGGAACAUUGUUUUCUAUCCAACAGUUACUGCAGCUACAACCUGAUUCUUAUCAUGCCAUUAAAUUAACAAUAACUUCAAUGUUUAAGGUGCAGCAGAACUAAAAUCCCCCAACACAUAAAUGAGAUAUUCUUGGUAGAAGCUGCCACAAAAAAAAUCUGCUUUCAUGUGAAUUUUUCAAACAUAUAUUUGACGUAUUGAGGAGAACUCAGAAAUGUCAAUAGGAUGAGGGAAGUGCACAUCCAAAUGUUACACCAUAUGUAUUCAACCAAACUAGAUUCUUAGAGACUGACAAUGUUAGGGAUCGAUAAAAAUGAGCAAUUAUCUGCAUUAUGACCUUUAGUAGAGUGCUGCUUAGAAAUGUAUUUAGCAAAGCAUAAAACACACAUUUAAUCUGCCAGUCACAGCACACAGGAAUGAGGAGUAUCAACAGAAAGGGCAUACUGAUAAUACU